AUAGCAUAAAUGAGUGACAUUGGCCAAAGAUAGUGUAAAGAUAAAGAAAAGAAAAAGUCUUCUUUUUGGUUGGGGAAUCUUGGAAUGGAUAGCAGCUGAUCAUGGAGGCCUUGUUCUUAUUCUCUAUAUUAUAUAAAGCCUUAGUAACAAAUCCAAACGCGGAAUGACAAUUGAAAUUAAACCAACUUCAUCAAAAUAAACAUAUAGUUGAAGACUGUCAAGAAGAAGAGGAAGAAGAUCGAAGUAGGGAAUAAGUUUAGUGAAUUUAGUAAUGGGGGAUAUGCAAAUUGUUCCAGCGGGUAACUGGAAAAAUGUGGAGGCACAGCAUGUGGAAAUGAUGGUUCCCCUAUACUCAUAUGGAUGUGAAAAGAAAGUAAAGAAGACUCUCUCCCAUCUAAAAGGGAUAUACUCAGUAAAUGUGGAAUAUCAUCAACAGAAGGUAACAGUGUGGGGAAUAUGUAACAAAUAUGAUGUAUUAGCAACCGUAAGAAGCAAGAGAAAAGAUGCUCGAUUUUGGAACCCUGAAGAUAACAUUUCAUAUCAACAAUCACAACCGCCAUCUUCUUCUCCUCCUCCAAAAGACUAUUCAUUCUCCACCUAUUCCAUUUCUAAGCCUUCUCUGGCUCUGACUAAGGUCCGAUCAUUAAGCAUGAAAGCAUGGAAGAAGCUGGUUUUCACCAGAUCCUAUUCCUUUUGACCAUGAUCAGAAUACAUGCAUGUAGGUUUGGUCUAUCCAAAUGUCAAAUAAGAAGAUGAAGAAGAAAAAAUUGCCUAAUUCUAUACAGAACUAGACAGAGAAUGAAUGAGUACUAGUGUAAAUAUUUUGGUUAAAUGGAAUUCAAGCAUUUCGACUCUGUUUUUUCAAAAGAAAUUUGAUGAUGACCCUAUCUUUCGGUUCAAUUUCUACCCAAUAUUUGCAAUUUGUUGGUAUGAUUUGAACAAGUUUUUAUCCCUCAUUCUUUGAAUGAGACCCUCAACAGUAAUAACUGGUGCACAAGUCCACUCCCUCAUACUGUUCAUAUAU